AGUUAUUGGUGAAACCUUCAGCUGCUGGUAGAAAUGUCUAUAAACUGAUAGCAGUGUUUGGGUAGAGGGUAUAACAAUCGGUUUGGUGGAUUGAGUAUUUCGUUUCUCACUGGUGAAACACUGCAGUCAAUAAUUUGAAUCGUUGGUUCUCUUCUUAUAGUUCUUGGAUCUUCCAAGACUUUGGAUUUGGCCUGUCUGUGAUUACUCUUCCUACAUGACAUACCACUCCGGACUGCUUGCGAUAUCGCAAAAACUCUAUCACCUUUUGAAGUAGAAUUUUCACAGACCCAGCAGGCCUAACACGUCCUAACAUGGGUGACCUGAGGGGGUCGCUCCUAGCGGCCCUACUCUGCAUGGUCCAUCUGGCCAUUGCUGGUGAUAACGACCCAUUCGAUUCAGAGCUAAGGUGCGUCACACCACCAUCAUGGACAUCGGGAGAAGUGAAUCCCAUGCUUCAAGGGAGGGGAAAUGUGACGGUGGUGGCGCUAUUGCAAGCUAGCUGACCCUUCUGUCUGUCGCAGGCAUCAAAGCUCGAAGAACUGCGACUUGAACUGGUGGAGGAAGGCGUGGAUGACGUCAAUUUCAUGGUGGUCAACGCUGGAGAUUGGUGGUCCCGAUUGCUUUCCUCUUACCUCCAUAGUAGGGUAUCGUUCCCGGUCUAUGAGGAUUGGUUCGCUGCUAGUACUAUAUGGGAGACACUGAAUGGUGCUAAGGAUGACAUGCUGGUCUAUGAUAGGUGUGGUUACCUGACGUAUCACCUACGGAUGCCAUACAGCUUUUUAGACUGGCCACACGUUGGAAUGGCAAUCAGGUCAACCCAUUACGGGGCUGAUCCGUGUAACUGCACACUCCCUGUGCCUGUAUGGAACUCGGGCAACGGGACCAUGGAUGGAAACACCAAUAGCAGUGUAGAAAACACCAACAGUACAGCUGCAAAUAACACCGUGGUUGGAAAUAACACCAUUGUUGGAAACAACACCGAAGUGAACAACAACACUUUGGUUGAAAACGUGGAAGCCCCAGCCUUAAACUCGACCACAAAUACAUCAAGUGAAGUUGAGCUGGACAUUCCAAGUACAGGCGACGAAGAGAAGACAAACAAAGCCAAUAAAACCAGAGAGGCGCAGAAAAGGAGAUACAGGCAUCUUGUCAAACACCACAGCCAUCACGAUGAAAAUUAUCCUCGUGCGAAAUGACAUGACCACGACAUCGCCACGUGUCGUGAGCUUCGUGAUCAGGGCAUCAAGGAUACCUGAUGCUGAUGCUGAGCCGCGACCCGGCUCCCCGGAACGAAGACCUUCCUCGCUGAUGGAGAGGUUCGCCCGGAGCAGAGCAACCAGGUCUGCGGUAGCUGAUGCUGAUCCAACGCCACAGCAGACCGGGAGAUUGAAGCGCUAGAGACGGUUGAGGAACCGUGUGCUAGCUGAUCCCAGGGCCGUGUGGUGUUGACUCAACGUGCCUGACAGAGCUGAUCCACAGACCCGGCUGUGGCCGAGUUCUGUGGUGAGGGUGCAAGAUAAGAAGUUGUGAAUUGAGUUCGAGGCAAACAAUUAGUAACUGUUGUUUGUGAAAUAACAGUCUCAUGAAGAAAAAAAACAGUGUCAUGCAACAUCUUACAUUUUGAUAGUCAUUUAAUAUUCAACUUCAACUUUUCUUAUUGGUCAAUCAUCCACGACAUCCUGCCAUCGUUUCAAAUGUUUUUGAUGACAAAGUGAGCAUGAACAUGCAUUGUUUUCACGGCUUCCGUACGCCUCACCUCAUCCGGACCAUUUUUUUCUUUCAAAAUGGCCGAUGAUCUAGAGCGCCCCCUGUUGAUAAUUCCAAUUCAUGAGUAGAUUUUUCUAGGAAACGUUCACGGGCUCAUUGAUGAAGGCAUUUAGAUAAAUCCAAACGGAAUCUAAUGCUGGAUGUUUCAUGUUAAUGCAUGGAAGAGUCAGCUGGCGUCUCCUGGAGAAAAAAAAAUAAUUGUUUGCCUUGAACAGUUUAAGAAAUAUUGUAUAUUUUGGAAUUGGUUUAUGAUGAUAACUCCAAAGUCUAUCGUGCAUUUUGCUUACAUUAUGUUUUAUGUGUUCACUUCGGUCUAUGUCAUUGUACAUUAAAACUUCAAUGCAAAACAAACUGUGAAUCCUAAAAUUCUACUUUUACAGAUCCGAGUAACAAGAUUUUGUUUUUAAACUUGAACAUGCUCAUUCCAGCCUAACAGUUUUUGUUAAACCAUGGAGGAAACCUCCAUGGUUCAUGGGUUAUGGUUAAACGGAGAAUCGUCUCGCGCGAAAAAAAAAAUAUGUUACCCCUGUCCAUUUAUCAAUAUUAUUGUAUCUUUUAAUGUUUUUUAUUUUAAUUUUGUUAUAUAUUUUUUUAACGAUUGUUGUUUGAGUAACACGUUUACUUUUAAUUCUUGAAUAUUUAUUUAUUUUUGAACUGUUUUUGUUUGACUGAUUGUGUUCGAUUUGUAUUAUGUGCACUCCAUACUUAUUUGUCUUCAUGACCACUUUUUGCUCAACCGUCCAACAUGGCGGCACAAAUUGUGUGAUAUAUUCGACAGUCAUAGAACCUGGGUGGACAUAAUACAACAACAAACAUUCGAUGUGACAAAACUUGUUCAAGGGUGAACAUUAUUCAGGAAAGCUCUUCUAUGUUAAUUCAGUUUUUAAAUACUGUUUAAUAAAAUAAAAUAUUGUAAUUCAAAAUUGA